ACUAAUACUAAUAGCCUGUUUAGGAGGAGAAAGGGGAAGAGAGAGGAGAGAGAGAGAGAGAAUGGAUGAAGUAGCUGAGACAAUGACGAAGAAGAAGAAGAAAGGACGACCAUCUCUGUUGGACCUUCAGAAACGGGCUCUGAAGCAACAGCAAUUGCAGCAGCAGCUCCAAAGAAGGAAGAGAAAUGAACAACCACAGGAGGAGCACAGAUCCGGUUUCAAAAACCCUAAUUCGGGCCGCCGAUCAACUCGCAGGAGCUCCAAUUCCAACGGAGUCUCCGCCGAUUCGCCCUGGAUCGAUGAAGAUGACGUUGACGACGACGACGACGACGACGACGAGCGAAGGGAGAAGAAGCACAGGCCCUUGCACGGCUUGAACUCCCACGCCCAUCGGCAUUCUCCUAAUUCACAAUCGGCCGGUUCCGAUCUGAAUCUCGACGAGCCAAGUGACAAUCCCGGGGUGUUUGUCAAGCGGCGGAAGAUCGGCGGAUCUGAGUAUACGGGUGAAAAGGGUUCGAAAGCGACAGACAUUCCUCCAGGGCCACCCAUGGAGUCUGGCCCCACUACACCUUUGCCAGACAAAAAGUUGUUGUUGUUCAUCCUCGAUAGACUUCAAAAGAAGGAUACUUACGGGGUGUUCUCAGAUCCAGUCGAUCCAAGAGAGCUCCCUGAUUAUCAUGAGAUUAUCGCAAAUCCAAUGGAUUUCAGCACUGUGCGGAAGAAGUUAGAUUCUGGAGCAUAUGCCAAUUUAGAGCAAUUUGAGAGGGAUGUAUUUUUAAUAUGUACAAAUGCGAUGGAGUACAAUGCACCAGACACCAUAUACUUCCGACAGGCACGAACUAUGCAUGAGAUGGCCAAGAAGGACUUUGAAAAUUUAAGGCAGGAUAGUGAUGAUGAAGGAUCACAACCACAGCCACAGCCGAAAGUUGCCAAAAGAGACCAUCCUCCGGGCAAGAGCCUGAAGAAACAGCCUGACCUAUAUCCCAUUGAUCACACUGCUUCUGAAAUUUCAGCUGAAGUGGCGGUUACUACUGUGGGAGAUAGCUCUAAGCUAUCUGGUGCUUACAAUCUAAGAAAAGCACCUCCAUAUGGAUUCCGGACGGUAGAUACACCCAUCAGAUUUGGUCAUCAUAGUAGCGAAAACCAAAGUGGAUGGUCGAUUGAUUGGGAAAAUGAGUUUCCACCUUCGGUUGUGAAGGCUGUCAACAAGUACGGGAUGAAACAUUUCAAUGUCGAUGUGAACAGACGUGAUACCUAUAACCAGCUCUCGACUUCCAUGCAGGAGCCUUCUGUCUUAACAACACUUGAAGAUGAGUUGAGGCAAUUAAUUCCAGUUGGGCUGAACACUGAAUACGGGUACGCGAGGAGCUUGACACAUUACGUCGCAAAUCUCGGCCCUGUUACCUGGAAAAUCACAUCAAGGAGAAUAAAAAGUGUUUUGCCUCCCGGAAUCAGAUUUGGCCCUGGAUGGGUCGGGGAGAACCCAGCUCCUGAAGCUCCUCAACGACAGAUAUUAAUGUCGGGAAAGGAGAAAUGCUCAAAUGACAUGGUGCCUGAUGGUCAUUCAAGCAGAAUCCUUUCCCCGGCCCCCUCUGUCUCAAGCCCUUUCAUAGGAAACAGGCAUUCUUUGCAGGGCCGGGAAGAAACUGGACCUGCCCGAGCAUUGAAUCCAGAAACCGAGUUUGCUGCUGCAGCCAAUACCAUGAACCCAUCAUCAUCAUCCUCUUCCCCACAGUUUCAGCAAUCAGGACCAGUGGUCAAUCCCGAGAGCAAUGGCUUCAUCGGUGGUUUCAAUGGCUUUAACCACAAUCCAAAUCAGAUGUUGGGCAGACCGAGAGUGGCAGGGCCCCAACAAGGCUCGUUGCCUUACAGCAAGCAAGAAUUCCACAGGUUUCCUCCCGACCUGAAUGCUAGACUCGUCUCCCCAAGCUCUCCUCCGGGCUCAAACGCUCAGGCGGGUUCAUCGCAGCACCUGGAUUUAGCGUUACAGCUCUGAAAAUGGAUCGG